AUGUGGAAGAUUCCCGGAUACUUUUGCAAAAAGUGCAUGCUUGACCUGGGCAAGGACUUUGACAAGUACGGGAGGAUCGUCACCCCGGCAAGGCCGUGCGACCUCUGCAACGUGGAGUUUUACUUUCUCAAGGCCGUCACAAAGGAGCACAAGCGCCAGCACUACUGCCACGUGUGCCACGAGUCCGUGGUCAGCGGGUCGAUACCCGAGAGCGCCCCGGGGUUUGGCCCCAGGCCGCAGCCAAGAAAGCUCCCGCAGGUCAUGAUGAUCUUUGCGGGCCUUGGAGUGCUUAUGAUGGUGAUGGGCAUGAUAUUCACGAUGACCUCCACCGGCGAGAACGCAAACGUGGCCAACAUCAUGUUUGGCGCGGUAACCACGGCCCUGGGAUUCGUCCUGUUCAGAAAGACGAUACGAUCGCGAUCCAUGCUGCUGGAUCGGAACGGCAACUUUCAGAACAAGUAA